GCGUACUACCAGUGCCAUUAUUUGGUUUUAAUAAUAAGACUAUAACUAAUAUAAAAAUGGCCGAAAUACCAACCGACCCAAAUGAAAAUCCAACUGAGAAAAACAUUCCAAAGAAUAAACAAGGAUCAAAAAUAAUUUAUCGAUACGUCAUCUCGUUUAGUUACUUGCACCUCGCUGCGUUGUAUGGCUUGUACUUAUGUUUGACAUCAGUGAAGUGGCCAACCAUUGGAUUUGGUUUGCUUAUGUAUCACAUAACUAUAAUAGGCAUCACUGCAGGUGCCCAUAGACUUUGGUCUCACAGAAGUUACAAAGCCAAGUUUCCCCUACAAGUAAUUCUUAUGGUGCUAAACAGCAUGGCGUUCCAAAACACAACUAUAACAUGGGCCAGAGACCAUCGAGUGCACCAUAAAUGCUCCGACACCAAUGGUGAUCCUCACAACGCCAACCGUGGAUUCUUCUUCUCACAUAUGGGAUGGCUGAUGACCAAAAAAUCGGACGAGGUGAUAAAACAAGGGAAGUCUAUGGACAUGUCUGACUUAUACAACAACCCCGUUUUACGUUUUCAGAGAAAAUAUGCGUUGCCAGUAAUUGGUACUCUUUGCUUCAUUCUCCCGACUUUUAUACCGAUGUAUUUCUGGGGUGAAACUUUGAACAAUGCUUGGCAUAUGAACAUACUCCGCUAUGUGACGGUUCUGCAUGUGACGUGCUGCAUCAAUAGUGUUGCCCACAAAUGGGGCUACAAGCCUUACGAUAAAAAUAUAUUGCCGAGUCAAAAUGUUCUGCUGAGUACUUUUGCUCUUGGCGAAGGAUUCCACAACUAUCACCACGUGUUCCCGUCGGACUACCAGGCAUCUGAGUUUGGAAAUAAGAAGUUGAACCUCACUACUUGGUUCAUCGAUUUUUUUGCGAAGAUUGGAUGGGCAUACGAUAUGAAGACAGCUUCCGAAGAAGUUGUAAGGAAUCGAGCGGAGCGAACUGGCGAUGGAACUGACCUGUGGGGUGCACGUGAUAACAAUAACUAAUAGAAAAAGUAGAAUGAAGUCUAAAUUAUAAUUUAUUGAACAAGUUUGGUUUAUUUAUGUAGGUAGACACUUGUAGUCGAAUUCCACAAAGUACCAGAAGAUGAAUCAAAGUAUAAAAAGCCGAUUUAAGUACCUAAAGCGUCCACUGCAAUGAUGAUAAUUGUGCUUUUUACCUUUUUUCGGCUGGAUACUUGGCUUAGUCGGGCAGAUUAAUCAUACAAAUUCGGGCCCAACUAUCAGCCGACUAAAAGUCGAUGGCCUGCGCCUAGGCCUUGUCAAACAUGCAUUGGUCUACAGUUCAUUCGAUGAAAGUUGUAAGUGGAAAAAAUCUAUUAGUUACCUAGUUGGUUAAAUAGUUUUCGGUAACAAUAUGUUAUAGCUGCGAAACCUUUGACCUCAUGUAGUAAUUGUAUUGGUUUAUUUCAUUUCAUAUUUAAUGCUUUAUUUUUAGCUUGGUUGUUU